UGCGCCUAUCACAAAAUGAAAAGGGAUCCUACGCAUUCACACCACACCACACCAGUGCACGACCCCAAGGAUCGAAGUAAGAGGGAAGCCGAAACGUUAGUCCCUGCCAAGCCGAGCAAAUCGGGAUGGGCAUCGUCGAAGAAGCUCACAACGUCAAGGUGAUUGGCUCCGGCGAGCAGACCAUCGUCCUCGCCCACGGCUUCGGCUCCGACCAGUCCCUGUGGAAGCACCUCGUGCCGCACCUCGUCGACGACUACCGCGUCGUCCUCUUCGACAACAUGGGCGCCGGAACCACCAAUCCCGAUUACUACGACUUCGACCGCUACUCCACUCUCGAAGGCUACGCCUACGACGUCCUCGCGAUCUUGGAGGAGCUUCAAAUCCAGUCCUGUAUAUUCGUCGGCCACUCCGUCUCCGCCAUGAUCGGGGCCAUUGCCUCCGUCGCUCGCCCUGACCUCUUCACCAAGCUCGUUGUCGUCUCUUGGUCUCCGAGGUAUUUGAACGAUGUGGAUUACUAUGGAGGGUUUGAGCAAGAAGAUCUGGACCAACUAUUCGAGGCAAUGCGAUCGAACUACAAAGCGUGGUGCUCCGGCUUCGCGCCGUUGGCGGUGGGCGGCGACAUGGAGUCGGUGGCCGUCCAGGAAUUCAGCCGGACGCUAUUCAACAUGCGGCCGGACAUAGCCUUGAGCGUUGCCCAGGCCAUCUUCCAGAGCGACUUUCGGCACAUGCUGUCCCAUAUCACCGUGCCGUGUCACUUAAUUCAGAGCAUGAAGGACUUGGCCGUGCCGGUGGUCGUCGCCGAGUAUCUCCAUCAGAACCUCGGCGGCGUGUCCAUUGUGGAGGUCAUGUCGACCGAUGGUCAUCUGCCUCAGUUGAGCUCGCCGGAGGUCGUCGUCCCCGUCCUCCUCCGCCACAUCCGCCACGACAUUGAUGCUUAAUUUUGUUAUUUAAUCCGCGUCUGUUCUGUUUCAUCGUCAAGAGGUUGAAUUAAGUAUUUAUUAGUGAUUUCCGAACCUAAAUUAAUUGUAAUUGAUGAUAACUAGGCCUCCUCGCAACUCAAAACUUGCGUGUUGUAAUUGUUGUGUGUGUUUAAAAAUUGAAAAAUGCUUUUGGUAUUUUAUGGGUUA